AUGGAGCAUGGAGCGUGUCGAGCAAUGGAGCGAACAUGCCGUGGGAAUACGGCUUCAGGACCUUUCUACGAAGGCCAAAGUACACCACCUGGCACAGACGGAUACACGGAUCCCCAAUUCACCGCAUUGCAGAAAGGAGAUGCGUUUACUAAUUUAGUUUCCACUUACGGAGGUUAUCAUUCUACUCCUGCAGAUUACCAUUCUGCAAUGACGCCUCCGAGUUCAGUUUCUCCUAGGGAUAAAACUGCUAACGUCCCAAGUGUGGUAACAGGACCUACAGGCUACGAAGGAUUCGCGAGCUACGCCUCGACUGAUGCGCUCCAGUUGCCUUUGAAACCCCAAGCCUACCCAGCAAUGCACGGGGCCCCAUUGGACGCAUACGGAGCACUGGAGCAGAGCCAAUUUUAUUCACAUCAUAGUGGGUUCCAUCUGUAUCACAAAGGUUCACCGGCUGCCGAUUUGGUUUGGAUGGAAAGCGGAAAGUUCGAAGGUGACAUGGUCUUAAAUCAGGAACAAAUGUUAUCAGUUUUAGGACUUGGGUCUAAAAAUGGCCUUAUCGAUAAAAAAUAUCGUUGGCCCAAAAACGAAGUACCUUACGUUAUUGUAGGAGGAUACUUUAAUCGAAGUCAAAUUAAUUACAUUCAUAAGGCUGUUGCAGAAUUUAGAAACAUUUCUUGCGUUAAAGUUAGACCCAAAAAAGUUACGGACUUAAAAUAUGUUCAAAUCACGGGUCUUCCAGGUGGUUGUUAUUCUAGUGUCGGAUUCCAAGAUGGAGUCCAGACCCUUAAUUUAGCACCAUACGAAAUUGAAAAAGGGUGCUUCCGUAAAGCUACUAUUCAGCACGAAUUUCUACACGCUUUAGGGUUCUAUCACCAGCAAUCGACUCACGACAGAGACGAAUACGUGACCAUCAUGUGGGACAAUAUUUUGCCAAACACUGAGCACAACUUCAACAAAUAUACGGCUAGUACCGUUCAGGAUUUCGGAACCGAGUAUGACUAUUUGAGCGUCAUGCAUUACGGCGCUUACGGGUUCUCGAAAAACGGUGAAAGAACUAUCGUCACGAAGGAUCCAGCGAUGUCAGAUGUCAUUGGCCAAAGGGUGAAGAUUAGUGAUAUCGAUAUUGUGAAAUUGAAUAAAAUGUAUUGUGGUUAGAAUUAUAUAUAUAUAUAUAUAUAUAUAUAUAUAUAUGUGAUGUUUUGU